UCAUGUCUUAAAAUUUUACAAGGCCAUGAAGCAGUUGUUUACUCAGUUGCUUUCUCGUCCAACGGGAAAAGGGUCGUUUUUGGUGCUUAUGAUUGCACCAUUCGGGUGUGGGACAUUGAAAGCAGAGAGAUCGUUGUGGGCCUGCUUGAAGGGCAUAACAAGUGGGUCCACUCAGUUGCAUUUUUGCUUGACGGGAUGCAUAUUGUCUCUGGUUUGGGUGAUUGCACGAUUUGUGUUUGGGAUUCUAAAAGCAGGGAGGUUGUUGCAGGCCCGUUCAGAGGACACAGCGGAAUGGUAUACACGAUUGCUUUUUUGCCCAACAGGAACCAUGUAGUCUCUGGUUCCAGUGAUUGCACUAUUCGGGUAUGGGACGUCAUUGCAGGCCCGAUGAAAGGCCAUAAUGGACUGAUUAGCUCUGUUGCUUUCUCCCCAGACAGGAGACAAAUAGUUUCUGCUUUCAGUGAUCACACAAUUCGAAUUUGGAAUGCUGAAAGCGGGGAAGCCGUCUCAGGUCCAUUCGAAGGCCAUACAGAAUGGGUAAACUCUAUUGCAUUUUCACCUGACAGAAAGAGCAUCAUCUCUAGCUCCAGCGACCAUACAGUUCGGGUCUGGGACAUUAAACGUGGGACUGCUACAGGCUUGUUUGAAGGGCAUGAUGACUGGGUUAACUCUGUUGCAUUUUCACCUGACGGAAAGCAAGUUGUCUCUGGCUCAGACAAUUGCACGAUUCGAGUUUGGGAUACUAAAAGUGGGGAAGUUGUUUCUGGUCCAUUUGAAGGACACAACAGACACGUCCGUUCAGUAGCAUUCUUGCCUGACAGGAAGCACGUUAUGUCAGGGUCUGCCAACCACUCAAUUCGGAUUUGGGAUGCUGAAUGCAGGGAAGUCUUUGUGGGCUUACUCAAAGGACUCAACCAUUGA